AUAUAGUUUUUAUACAAACUUGUCCUGGCAAAAAUAAACACAACAAAAAAAGAAUGAUCUAAUUUGGUGCAGUCAUUUUGAAGUUGUUUGUGCUUACAUUUUGGCAGCUCAUUUUUAUGUUUUGUUCUUGAGUAUUAAAAGCAUAUUUUUUAUUACAGAUGAAGAAUCAUUUAUCUUAGGAAUGGAUCCAAAAUUCGCGAGACCCGAUUGGAUGAUUGUUACAGUUCUUCCUGUUCCGCCAUUAUCUGUGAGGCCAGCUGUAGUUAUGUUUGGAGCUGCAAAAAAUCAAGAUGAUUUAACUCAUAAACUUGCUGACAUAAUAAAAGCUAAUAAUGAGUUGACACGGAAUGAACAGUCAGGAGCAGCAGCUCAUGUACUAGGAGAAAAUAUCAGAAUGUUGCAGUUUCAUGUGGCCACAUUUGUAGACAAUGAUAUGCCGGGCAUGCCAAGAGCAAUGCAAAAGUCUGGUAAGCCCCUCAAAGCUAUUAAGGCAAGAUUAAAAGGGAAGGAAGGAAGAAUUCGAGGUAAUCUUAUGGGAAAACGAGUGGACUUCUCUGCUCGUACAGUAAUUACACCAGACCCGAAUUUACGUAUUGAUCAAGUGGGUGUACCGAGAUCUAUUGCUCAGAACUUAACGUUUCCGGAAUUAGUUACGCCAUUUAAUAUAGACAGAAUGCAGGAACUGGUACGCCGUGGCAAUGCUCAGUAUCCAGGUGCUAAAUACAUUGUACGCGAUAACGGCGAGAGAAUUGAUUUGAGGUUCCAUCCCAAACCAUCGGACUUGCACUUGCAAUAUGGUUACAAAGUUGAACGCCACUUGCGUGAUGAUGACCUUGUUAUUUUCAAUCGUCAACCUACUCUACAUAAAAUGAGUAUGAUGGGUCACAGAGUUAAAGUAUUGCCUUGGUCUACAUUCCGAAUGAAUUUAAGUUGUACAUCACCAUACAAUGCUGAUUUUGACGGCGAUGAAAUGAACUUACAUGUUCCACAGUCUAUGGAAACUCGUGCUGAAGUAGAAAACAUUCAUAUAACUCCUCGUCAGAUUAUUACACCACAGGCUAACAAACCCGUAAUGGGAAUUGUACAAGAUACAUUGACAGCAGUUAGAAAGAUGACUAAACGUGAUGUAUUUCUUACUAAGGAACAAGUUAUGAAUCUUCUCAUGUUCUUGCCAACAUGGGAUGGCAAAAUUCCUCAACCAUGUAUUUUAAAACCACAGCCUCUCUGGACAGGCAAACAAAUAUUUACUUUGAUCAUUCCUGGAAAUGUAAAUAUGAUUCGUACUCAUUCCACUCAUCCUGAUGAAGAAGAUGAUGGGCCAUACAAAUGGAUAUCACCAGGGGACACAAAAGUAGUGGUAGAGCAUGGGGAACUACUUAUGGGUAUUCUGUGUAAAAAGUCUCUUGGUGCUUCUGCUGGCUCUUUGCUACAUAUUUGUAUGUUGGAAUUAGGUCAUGAAACUGCGGGUCGCUUUUAUGGUAAUAUUCAAACAGUCAUAAACAAUUGGUUGCUGUUGGAAGGCCAUUCCAUUGGUAUUGGUGAUACAAUUGCUGAUCCUCAAACAUAUCAAGAAAUUCAGCGCGCUAUAGUCAAAGCCAAAGAUGAUGUAAUAGAGGUUAUUCAAAAAGCUCACAACAUGGAGUUGGAGCCAACACCUGGUAAUACUUUGAGACAGACAUUCGAGAAUCAAGUGAAUCGUAUCCUAAACGAUGCUCGUGAUAAAACCGGUGGAUCAGCUAAGAAAUCUCUGACUGAAUACAAUAACCUCAAAGCUAUGGUGGUGGCCGGAUCCAAAGGGUCAAACAUUAAUAUUUCUCAAGUUAUUGCUUGUGUAGGACAACAAAACGUUGAAGGUAAACGAAUUCCAUUCGGCUUUCGUAAAAGAACUCUUCCACAUUUCAUCAAAGACGAUUAUGGUCCCGAAUCUAGAGGUUUUGUUGAAAAUUCAUAUUUAGCCGGUUUGACUCCUUCCGAAUUUUAUUUCCACGCUAUGGGUGGUCGUGAAGGUUUGAUUGAUACUGCUGUAAAGACAGCCGAAACUGGAUAUAUUCAACGUCGUUUGAUAAAGGCUAUGGAGUCUGUAAUGGUACAUUACGAUGGCACUGUGCGUAACUCUGUUGGGCAACUUAUUCAAUUGAGAUAUGGUGAAGAUGGUCUGGCUGGAGAGACUGUCGAAUUCCAAAACUUACCAACCGUAAAACUUUCAAACAAAGCCUUUGAAAAGAAAUUUAAAUUUGAUCCUUCCAAUGAAAGAUAUCUGAAGAGAAUCUUCAAUGAGGACAUUAUUAAAGAACUAACUGAAUCAGGCUAUGUCAUAGCCGAUCUUGAGAGUGAAUGGGAGCAAUUAUGUAAAGAUCGUGAAAUAUUGCGUCAAAUUUUCCCCAGUGGAGAAUCAAAGGUAGUGUUGCCAUGUAAUUUCAAAAGAAUGAUUUGGAAUGUUCAGAAAAUAUUCCAUAUUAAUAUGAGAAUGCCCACUGAUUUAAGUCCGAUCAAAGUAAUACAAGGAGUUAAAGAUUUACUGAAAAAGUGUGUAAUUGUAGCAGGUGAAGAUCGCCUGUCAGUGCAAGCGAAUGAAAAUGCUACGUUACUUUUUCAAUGUUUAGUACGGUCCACUUUAUGUACCAAAUUCGUUUCCGAGGAAUACCGACUUUCAAGUGAAGCUUUCGAAUGGUUGAUCGGUGAAAUUGAAACACGUUUCCAGCAAGCCCAAGUGAAUCCUGGCGAGAUGGUAGGCGCGUUGGCUGCCCAGUCUCUUGGAGAACCAGCUACUCAGAUGACACUGAAUACUUUCCACUUUGCUGGUGUGUCAUCGAAAAACGUAACACUUGGUGUACCUCGUUUGAAAGAAAUCAUCAACAUUUCGAAAAAACCAAAAGCUCCUUCCCUUACGGUUUUCCUUACAGGAGGUGCUGCUAGGGAUGCUGAGAAAGCUAAAAACGUUCUUUGUCGAUUGGAACACACAACUUUACGUAAAGUAACUGCAAACACUGCAAUUUAUUAUGAUCCAGACCCUCAAAAUACAGUUAUUGCUGAAGAUCAAGAAUUCGUAAAUGUUUACUAUGAAAUGCCCGACUUUGAUCCAACGAAGAUUUCGCCUUGGCUUCUUCGUAUUGAGUUGGAUCGUAAAAGAAUGACUGACAAAAAAUUGACUAUGGAGCAAAUUGCCGAAAAGAUAAAUGCUGGUUUUGGAGAUGAUUUGAACUGUAUUUUCAAUGACGACAAUGCUGAAAAGUUGGUAUUACGUAUUAGAAUUAUGAAUAACGAAGAGAGUAAAUUCCAGGACAAUGAUGAAGAGACUGUUGACAAAAUGGAAGACGAUAUGUUCCUCAGGUGCAUUGAAGCCAAUAUGUUGUCUGACAUGACUUUACAGGGUAUUGAAGCUAUAGCAAAGGUGUAUAUGCAUUUGCCUCAAACGGAAGCUAAAAAACGUAUUAUAAUUACUGAACAGGGAGAAUUUAAGGCUAUAGCUGAAUGGUUAUUGGAAACCGAUGGUACCUCCCUGAUGAAAGUAUUGUCUGAACGUGACGUUGACCCGAUAAGAACGUUCAGUAACGACAUUUGUGAAAUAUUCCAAGUACUCGGUAUUGAAGCUGUACGUAAAUCUGUAGAGAAGGAAAUGAAUGCUGUAUUGCAGUUUUAUGGUCUUUACGUGAAUUAUCGUCAUCUUGCCUUGCUUUGUGACGUCAUGACAGCGAAGGGUCACCUUAUGGCCAUCACACGUCACGGCAUUAACAGGCAAGAUACUGGUGCAUUGAUGAGAUGUUCCUUCGAAGAAACAGUGGACGUAUUAUUGGAUGCAGCUAGUCACGCCGAGGUGGAUCCAAUGAGAGGAGUGUCAGAAAAUAUAAUCAUGGGCCAGUUACCUAGAAUGGGCACAGGUUGUUUUGAUUUGCUUUUGGAUGCCGAAAAAUGUAAGCACGGAAUGGAGAUGGGAGGUCUAGGUGUAGGUAUGGGCGUCGGAGGCGGAAUGUACUUUGGUGUAGGAACUCCGUCUAUGACACCGCUUAUGACUCCGUGGUCUACUCAGAAUACACCAGGAUAUGGAAGCAGCGUAUGGUCACCUGCUCAAGUCGGUAGCAGUAUGACUCCCGGUGGGCCUUCGUUCUCACCGUCUGGAGCAUCGGAUGCAUCUGGAUUGUCGCCUGCAUAUAGUGCUUGGUCGCCACAGCCUGGUUCACCAGGAUCUCCAGGUCCCCCGCUAUCACCUUAUGCGUCCCCCGCCGGUGCCUCACCGUCUUAUUCACCUACUAGUCCAGUGUACGCACCUGCUUCACCAAGUCUCACACCGACUUCUUCACAUUACUCUCCAACAAGUCCCUCGUAUUCGCCGACGUCUCCUAACUAUUCGCCCACGUUGUCUAUAUACUCUCCGACUUCACCAAGUUACUCCCCAACAUCACCAGGGUAUUCUCCUACGUCACCUUCUUAUUCUCCUACGUCACCCGGUUAUUCUCCAACUUCGCCGAGUUACUCACCCACGAGUCCAGCUUACUCGCCGACUUCGCCGAGCUAUUCUCCUACUUCUCCCAGUUACUCGCCGACGAGUCCUUCUUAUUCCCCGACGAGUCCGUCCUACUCACCGACGAGUCCGGCGUAUUCACCAGCGUCGCCAGGGUAUUCGCCGUCGUCACCGAGUUACUCGCCUACUAGUCCAGUGUACAGUCCGACGUCGCGUAGCUAUUCGCCAUCUUCACCGAAUUAUACGCCCACAUCGCCCGGAUAUUCGCCGACGAGUCCUUCAUAUUCACCGACCUCCCCGGCGUAUUCGCCAACAUCGCACAGCUACUCGCCGUCAUCACCGAAAUAUUCGCCGACUUCCCUCAAUUAUUCACCGACGUCGCCCUCUCUUUCCGGAGGCAGUCCAAACUAUUCGCCUACAAGUCCGCAGUAUUCGCCUAUGGGAUCUCAAUACUCACCGACGAGUCCGGCGUACUCGGCGUCGUCACCGCAACAUCCCGGCAGCACAAAUUAUUCGCCGUCGUCGCCGAAUUAUUCGCCGUCAUCGCCCAACUAUUCUCCUUCGUCACCUGGAUAUUCGCCUUCAUCUACCAAAUAUUCACCGACAUCACAAACGUAUACUCCCGCGUCGCCAAACUACUCGCCCUCGUCCCCUGCUUAUUCGCCGUCAUCGGCAGGACCCACAAAUUAUUCCCCGAACUCUCCUAAUUACUCUCCAACUUCACCCUCUUACGAUGAUGGAGAUGAUUAAUUUGUUAAUAUAUUAUUCCAUUAGUGAAUUGAAUUUUAAACAUAUCUACGUAUAGGCUAUCAUACCUUUCGUAUUGUUACUUUACUUUUAAUCUUCUGUAAAAUAUUAUCUGAUUACUUUUCUAUAGACUAAAAUUAAAAAUUAUAUAUAUAUUUCAGUAUAAAUGUUGACACAGUUAUGUUUGUAGAGCGUUCGGGAAAUGUGUUCAUUGGCAAUUGUAAUUGAAAUCUUUCUCAUUUACUUGUAGUAAAUGAGUCUAGUAAAAUUUAGAGUUAAAAUUUUCAAAGAGGCAUAAACUUCAAACUCGGUCGUGAUAAUUUGGCGUUUGCACACUUACAUGCAUUAAAAAAAAUGGUACACUUGUGUGCUUAUUAUACGUCUGACAAUAUAAAAAUAUAUAUAUAAUCAAGUAAAUGAUAAUUAAAUUAGUUAUUCAAAGUUUUCUUUUUAUUAGAAAUAAAUUACAUAAGCUCUUAUUAUUAUUAUGAAUAUUGCAUUUCAAUGCUAUUUUUAUAUGUAUCUUAAAAACUUGAAAAAAACCGAGGGCAGUGAGGUAUCGUCAGUUUGAGUUCGGCCUGGAACCUGAGACGGAUUUUUCAAGUAUUCUUAGAUUACACAUGUUAUUUUUAAGUAGAGAUGUCAUAAGGAAAUAAGUAAUUGUUGUAACGAGGGACAACAAUACUGAGUGAUAUUUUUUAAGAAUUAAAAAUAGCUAGUAUACACAGCAGCACAUCGGGCUACCAAAAAAAUCCGCAAUCUAUUUUGAAUUCAAUCAACCUAUUAAUUACGAAAUCAUAUAACCUGAUGUGCUAUUGACUGUACAUAGUUCUGUCAAAUUAUUUAGUAUGUAUCUUUUUAUUUAUUUUUUCUUCAGUAUGCGAAAUAUAUUAAAUAGACUAGACGUAACGUGUAAACAGUACUAAAAAUAAUAAAUAUUUCAUUUCCGUUUUAUUUUUCGAUUUUCAUAAUUUUAAUGAAAAAUAAAAUUGGUUAAUAAAACGUUUGGGAUAUUUAUGUUAUAUCACUAGACAGACAACUACAUUUACAGGGUUACAUGAUAAUUCAUUUAGUGCAAAUUUUUAUCAAUUAAACUUAUAGCAACAGCAACAAAAUUCAUUUCAUGUUAAUUUUGGGCACAACAAACGGUUUUCUGUCUAGUAUGUUUAUUAGACUAUUGAAUGUUUAGUACAUAAGUGAAUUCAUGUUGUGUAUAAAGUAAUUUUAUAAGAAAACAAAUUGCAAAUGAAUAAAAAAUAAAAUUAUUCUAAGAACAUAAUUGCACUGGGCUUUCUUCUAUGCAAUCCAUGUGGUUUGAUUAAGGUAUAUAUAUAUUUUAUAAUAAAGAAUUAAAAUGAGUACCAAAAAGGUUGUAUAUUAAAUACUUUCCCGGCAGUCAUUGUACAAUAGGUUUAAAGUUUACAAAAGAAUUUAUAGAUAUUCCGUAAGAAGUGAUUCGAUACCUCCCUCCUUAUAAAUCUCAAAUAGUAAACGGUUAUUAGUCGGGAUUUUCUUUUGAUAACGUGCGACAAGAUUUUUUUUUCAGUCUAAACUACAAUAGGGCAGAAGACCCCGUUUUUUACACUGCCCCCUUUUUGACCAUUCGGAACUUCAAAGUAUUCUAACUAACGCAUAAGCAUAUAUAUUACUUUAACGUGAACGGUUUUUUAAAUGUCGAAUUAUAGUAAAACUAUCAGCAUUAACAGCUAGAUGUGUUAAAGUUAACUUUCUAACAGCUCUUAAAAUGGCUAAAACUGGGUCAUAAUUGAAAAAUGGCCACAACCGGGUCGCCUGCCC